UCGCCUUCCUUCCUUUCCGCGCCAGAUAAGGGUCCAUACGGCUUUGUUCUGGAUUCCCGUCGUAACUUAAAGGGAAACUUUCACAAUGUCCGGAGCCCUUGAUGUCCUGCAAAUGAAGGAGGAGGAUGUCCUGAAAUUCCUUGCAGCAGGACCCCACUUAGGUGGCACCAACCUUGGCUUCCAAAUGGAACAGUACACCUACAAAAGGAAAAGUGAUGGCAUCUACCUCAUAAAUCUGAAGAGAACCUGGGAGAAGCUUCUGUUGGCAGCGCGUGCCACUGUUGCCAUUGAAAACCCAGCUGAUGUCAGUGUCAUGUCCUCCAGGAAUACUGGCCAGCGAGCUGUGCUGAAGUUUGCUGCUGCCACUGGAGCUCCUCCUAUUGCUAGCCGCUUCACUCCCGGAACCUUCACUAAGCAGAUCCAGGCAGCCUUCCGGGAGCCAAGACUUCCGGUGGUUACUGAUCCCAGGGCUGACCACCAGCCUCUCCCAGAGGCCUCUUACGUUAACCUGCCUACCAUUGCUCUGUGUAACACAGGCUGUCCUCUGUGGUAUGUGGACAUUGCCAUCCCAUGCAACAACAAAGGAGCUCACUCAGCGGGUCUGAUGUGGACGCUUGCCCGGGAAGCUCUGCGCAUGCGUGGUACCGAGUCUCGCGAACACCCCUGGGAGGUCGUGCCUGAUCUCUGCUUCUACAGAGAUCCUGAAGAGAUUGAAAAGGAAGAGCAGGCGGAAGCUGAGAAGGCUGUGACCAAGGAGGAAUUUCAGGGUGAACGGACCGUUCCAGCUCCUGAGUUCCCUGCUGCUCAGCCGGAGGUGGCGGACGGGUCCGAAGGUGUGCACGUGCCCUCUGCGCCUGUUCAGCAGCUCUGCGCCGAAGCCCGGAGUGCACCUGCCACUGAACACUGGUCUGCAGCUCCCACUGCUCGGGCCGCUGAGUGGUCUUAA